AACAGUUUCGCCAGAAACGUAGAAACGAAACUGGAAAUGCUAUAGCGCCAAGCUAUAGAAAAGCCCGCCUAAACAAAAUGACUGACAGCUCACAACGUCACAUGAGCUUUCGUUUUACAAGAGGUUUGAGUCUGCAGUAUCGUGAUAAUUUAUUCCUGUCAUUGCGUAAAAUUUGGAUAAGAUGCGAUUUAAUUCAACUGAAUUGAAGCAGUUAGCCCUAUCUCCUACAGCAGUUUGCAAGAAAGAAGGUUUACUCAGUCUCCGUGAAAAAGAGGGCAAACUCUGGAAUAAAACUGACGUUCUGACUGAAAGGUGGUGCAGACUUAUUGGGAAUUUGCUCUUUUAUUUGAAGGGAAAAAGCAAGAACUCAGAACCUAUUGGUGUAUUUGUGCUUGAAAAAUUUACAGUUCGCUUUGAAGACAGAAAUAGCUUUGUUUUGGAAUUUGAGGGCAACGAGAGAGUGACUUAUUUCCUCGCUUCUAACCCGUCUAUUGCUUCCGAGUGGAUAAAAGUAUUGAGUAACGCAAGUUACGCUUGUCUGAAGCAGAGGCAUUUGAAACUGCAGCAACAGGCAGAAGAACUGAGAAAACAGCAGAAUCAGCAGUAGCCAGUUCAAGUGUUCCUAAUUCAAAUUUCUAAAGCAAUCUAUCUAACUAACCAUGGCGAAGGUUUCUUUAGAAUUGUCAUUGAAAUGUACAGAACUGCAGCUACCGGCAAACUUCAGUGAAGGUGUUUUUGUUGCAGUCCAUCAUUGCCAACCAAACCAUGGCUUCUGGAGUAACCACUUAGAAACCGACGUUAUACGUGGAUCAAACAAACCAGUCUUCUUAAAAACUGUCAGCUUUUUUAUCAAAGAUAAUGUUACAGAAGAUACAAGAAUGAGGUUUAUCGUUUACAGAGUCUCAAAGAAUAAAGAUAUUACAGAACAAGGAACAUGUUUCUGUGUGGUUGGGGACAUUACAGCAAAAGAUGAAGUGAAGUUGGAUUUACAAAACAAAGGCAACUAUACUGGUACCUUGGUCCUAACCACUCUUCAUGCAUCGGAUAAAACCAAAAAGCGAUUAGUAAGCAGAAGUUCCUCAGGAAAGGCCGUUGUACCUGUGGAUGCUUCAUUAGCUGAGAGCGUCAAACCAAAAUCUGAACAGGAGUUUACAUCUAUUACCAAGAACCCUGUUUUAAAAUCAAUGUUCAGCAACGCAAUUUGUCGCACCUACAAAUUCCCAACUGAAGGUGGUGAAUUCAUUCGUGCACAAGAACUUAUGAUGGAAUCAUGUUUGUCCUUUCGUGUCCCCAUUCAUUUCCUAAAACUUUUAGUUGACGAAGAGACCAAAAAAAUUGGCUCGCUUGAAUCGAUUGGAAAGCUAACUGGUCACUGGGAGGCAGUAAGGAGGCGUAGGGUUGAUUCACUGAAAAAAUAUCUUGACCGGUAUCAAGCGAGAAUUAAACACAUGAUGAUGCAUUAUCAUGCUCCUUUCUUCAAGAAGAGCGUCGACAAAAUGUCAGAAGAAUUAGAAUUUGUGCCGACUAAUCUCCACAUUCAAAAAAUGACUGUGCAAAAUUUAAACAACGAAGGUGCAGAUGACUCAUCAAAUUCAUCGCGGCAGUGUCAUACAUUUAAUUAUGACAUCACAACAGUAGGUGCGACAACAGCACACGCGAUGGGUUUCAAACACGGAGGUGGUUUACUUGCGCAACUUGCAAACGCUGGUGAUGGCUCAAAAAGUCGCAAGAGUUUACCACUGAAUUCUAUGGACCAAUGCUUAAAGCCAGCUCGCUCGUCUGAGAUAUUUCGAAACAACCGAUUUCUUGAAAAAAUCAAUUCCUUGCAUAACCAAGUGGUCUAUGAAGUGGAAAAAUUGCGCAAUCUCACAAAACAUGAAAGUGGUUCAAAGGCUUAUGCUUCUAAUAAGGUUACAGGGUCAAGUGAAGCUCUGGCACAUCUCAGUAAUAAGGUUUGCCAACUUAUAACCUGUUGUGAAUGUGAACUUGUUCAAAACGCUGUGAAAAGCUUAGAAGCAGCGAGACCUGCUUACAAACCAUUGCAUGAAAAUUAUGUGCACGGCCCACCUAAUACAGAUGUUAUGGGAUCAAGUGUCUUGGUGGAAACAGAUGACUCUGUUUCAUUCAAUUCAUCUUCAUCAUGUAGUGACUUAAAUGAUAAAGUAGACAGUUUGUGGGAGGAUUUGACAUUGCGAGCCAAAUCCAAGCUAUCUGAUGUUGUGAAGUCGGUUCAUUCCAUUAUAACACCUGAUCUUGAGGCUUCAUUUCUUAGAGGACAGGCUACCACAGACACACAGAGAGAAACAGCGUUGAAUGAUCUAUCUAUAUUACUUGAUCUAGUACAAAGUGUAUGUGCAGAAGUAAACGCUUCAUUAUCUUUCAUGGAUUUAAACCACACGGAGCAACAGAAUGACUUUGACCUAGCUUAUAGACGAAAUGUAGUUUUUUCACAAGCGCUAACAACUAUAGCAGCAACUGUACAAAACCAUAUUCUCACUUCAAUUGACAACCAGUUAAAAUUACAUCAGUUUUCCGAAGUUGGUAUUUUCAUCCAAGUUGAAAGCCUUCUAAGCACUUAUGGCAACGAAUUAGGGAUGCUACAGGAUUAUGCUGUGGGUGUUAACGACAUGAAGCACGUCACGGUGAAAUGUUCCACUGCUAAUAAAGAUGAAAGCCAUGGUAGUGAUAGAUACCUUCCUACUUUACAUGGAACCACAUCUGCAAUGAUCAUUACUCUCCAUUUUGAUGAUUCAACAUUUGAGUUGCUACCCAUUGAUCUACAGAAGGGAAAACUUAUAAAGCUCCACCCAGUGAUGUACAGUGUUGGUAUCAACGAAGAACAAACAUUGGCCGAGAGAUUUGGAAGCACAGCGGUUCAAGAAUAUCUUAACCAGCAAGCUUAUGAGUCAACAAUGGAGUAUUAUGACAUGGUUCGAGACCAAUGCCCGAACUGCUUGACUGAAAAAUUGCGCAAUGCAAAUUCGUUCAUUCGAGAAAUAUCCAAGGACAAAAUAUCGGCCUCAUUUCCCGAGAAAAAAAAGUCGCUGACCAAUUUAGACGAAAACAGGUCCAUAAUGGAGGUUGUCAAUUUCCUACGACAAGCCGUACACUCGAAACGGAAUAAAAAUGUAGAAAUCCUGCAGUUGGCUGGAGACUUGUGUAGGAAGUUAAAUGGAGCUCGUAUCACAAGUUGUAAGAGCGCAAAAGAUCGAACAGCCAUGUCAGUCACUCUUGAACAAGCUCGUAUAUUGGCCAUGGAGCAUGGCUUGGCAAAUCAAUCAUUUAAUCAAGUGCUAACUUGCAUGCGAAGCCAAGGCACAAGACGUGAGAACACAUUGAAAAACGUGGGUGCGAGAAGAUAUGCCUUCACUUCAAUGCAGUUAAUGACAUUCCCCAAACAAUAUCGAGCUCCUGAAGGAACUUAUGGAAAAGCAGAGUCUUGAGUCAAACAGUUUAUCCCUAUUAGCUAUAUUAUAUUAAGCACUUAGUAUUGUAGAUAAAACACGAUGUUAUGUUAAAUUCAUGGGGUGUAUGAAAUAAUUUUAAAGUCUGUCUGUUUUAAUUCUUUCGAAAUGCAUGCGAGUGCUAUUUGAUGUUCUGCUUUUGUAUUUUAAAUUGUUUUUUUUUUAUACUUGCAGUCUAAUAAUACUGGCUAGCUAAAAUUGUACUUUCGUGUUAAAUGCAUUUCACAUAAUGCAAAAUAGAAAAGUAAUAUCUCAAUUUUACAGUUUUGCCAUUUUUUUGUUCCUAACGUUAGCUACAUAAUAAAACUUGUCGUUAAAUGUCAUUAGAAUAUUGUUAAACACAAAUCAGUAUUGUUUUCAGUUGUAUACAUGGCACUAUUUAGUGUUUACUUGUGCAAUUUUACAAAAGUUUAAACGUUCAAUGUGCAACGCUCGUUUUACAGUUUUUUUAACAUAAUGUGGUGUUGUUGGUAUAUUCAAUUUUGUCAUUAAAACAAUACAAUUAAGCCAUUUCCCAAAAUCAAUAAGAUAAAUGGAAAUUUAGUUAAAAUUCGAGGUCAAAAACAUUUUGUGAAUCAAGUAACCAUAUAAGUUUUGACACUCUGUUUGGUUUGCAAAUAAAAUUCUAUAUGGGU